UCUCGGCGGCCCUUUUGGUUUGAGCUUUCAGAGUCGUCGCGUUGUUCGGUUUAUCCGCCGCCAUCCGCCGCCAUGCCGCCCAAAUUCGACCCCAACGAGAUUAAAGUCGUCUACUUGAGAUGUACUGGAGGUGAAGUCGGGGCGACGUCGGCACUGGCUCCAAAAAUCGGGCCUCUCGGUCUGUCUCCCAAGAAGGUAGGGGAUGACAUUGCCAAGGCCACCGGCGACUGGAAGGGGUUAAGGAUCACCGUGAAGCUGACCAUCCAGAACAGGCAAGCGCAGAUUGAAGUGGUCCCUUCCGCCUCCGCCUUGAUCAUUAAAGCUCUGAAAGAGCCUCCCCGCGAUCGGAAGAAGCAGAAAAAUAUUAAGCACAAUGGCAACAUCAGCUUCGAUGAGAUUGUGAAUAUCGCCCGGCAGAUGCGGCACAGGUCCUUGGCCCGGGAGCUCUCCGGAACCAUUAAAGAGAUCCUUGGAACGGCCCAAUCGGUGGGCUGCAAUGUCGACGGGAGGCACCCCCAUGACAUUAUUGAUGACAUCAAUAGCGGCGCCGUUGAAUGCCCAACAAGCUAAAAUUGCUGCCUGAUUGGAUCCAGCGCCACGUUGUGAAUUAAAAAUUUGCCUGGUUCA